CGAAUAAUUAACUAAGACACAAACUCUAAUCAUUCCAGUCACCAUGGCAGACCAAACCUCGCAGUCACCCAAUCCGGCAGAAACACCAUCAUCGCCUGCCGUAGCCUCACCGCCGCAACAGACAGAUCUUAUCGCUGCCAAUGACGAGCACGACAACGAGGCUGAAGGCGAUGCCGAUUCCACUCUUGGUACAGACGCAGAAAGCUCGACUGCUUCAGUCUCGGCCAGUAUCCUCGAAUAUCGUCGCAGCCAAGGGCGCACUUAUCACAGCGAUAAAUUUACCACCAACUACUUUUUGCCCAAUGACGAUCAACAGCUAGAGUCUGUGGACUUGACUCACCAUUAUUUGACAAUCUUGCUGGAUGAUAAGCUGUUUCUCCCUCCCUUGGAAGCAGACGAUAUUAAAAAAGUGCUUGACGUCGGCACUGGAACUGGAAUCUGGGCGAUCGAAUUUGCUGAUCGUCAUCCGAGUGCCGAGAUUAUCGGUACCGACCUCUCACCAUGUCAACCAGAAUGGGUUCCACCAAAUGUUCGCUUCGAAAUAGACGAUGCAGCUCUCAACUGGACAUGGGAACCUAACGAGUUCGACUUUAUUCAUAUCCGUUACAUUUUCGGUGCUAUAAAAGACUGGUCUGCCCUUUUCUCUGAGGCUUACCGCUGCUGUGUCCCUGGAGGCUGGGUUCAGUCUGCCGAAGCUGAUGUCGAGUUUCGUAGUGAUGACGGCACUAUUGACAAAGAGCCAAACCUGAAACUAUAUAAAAAGUUAUUUGAAGAAGGUGGAAAGAUCCUCGGAUAUCCCUUCUUCGUAUAUGAUCAGCAGGUUCAAGGGUUCAAGGACGCUGGUUUUGAAGACGUCACGACUGUUGACUAUAAGCUUCCUGUGGGAGAUUGGCCGAAAGACCCGAAGCUCGCCGAAGUUGGGAGAUUUGUUCGCGCCUGUUUGGAAACUGAUCUUGAAGGAUAUACUACUAUGAUGUGGAAUGAGUUAUUGAAGUGGCCCAAGGAUGAAUACCAGCUGUUCCUAAUGAGCAUCCGCAAAGCUAUCAGAAACCCAAAGAUUCACACAUACAUGAGGGUUCGAUAUGUAUACGGACGUAAGCCAUCAUCACAGUGAGAUGAAACUUAUAUCACGAUUUCAAUUUAAAGAUACGUUACAGCAUUGAAGAGCCGUUGUUUGAGAUUGACUGCAUAUAUGCACGAGCCUUCUCAAUCCCCAUCGCAAAGUCAUGUCCAGCCACUCCUGGUUAUCCUCAGGGGGCAUUCAAUUAAAUGGUUAAUUAACCAAAUACAAAAGUGCUAAAAGAA